AGUAGCUAGUUGCCAGGAGCGGGUUUCAUUACUGCUAGUGUUGCUGCUGUGCGUCAAUAACACUGCUGGACUUCAGACUGCAGACUGCGUGUUAAAAUGGAAGCGUUUUUAUGCAAUUUGCUGACGACGUUUUCGGGAUUCGUCCUGUUGCUGCUCCAGCAAGACUCCGAAAACGGUGAACUGGGACGCUAACUUGACUAAUUUGAUUAGUAAAGCAUGUAGCUUAAGGGACCUAAGGAGGCAUCUUACAAACCAAACUCUUACUGACUAACGUUACACCAGUUAACCUAAACCACACCACCAUGUCUCUGAUUGAAUCUGAAGACGAAAACACUCCUCUGCUCAGAGGCGACGCUGACAGCAUUGAGGAUGCUGACAGGAGCCGGUGGAAGUCAAUCAGGGUCAUGUACUUCACCAUGUUCCUCAGCAGUGUGGGUUUUACAAUUGUCAUCACUUCAAUAUGGCCUUAUCUGCAAAAGAUUGAUAACACUGCAGAUGCCAGCUUCUUGGGUUGGGUAGUGGCCGCCUACAGCUUGGGGCAGAUGGUGGCUUCGCCACUUUUCGGACUUUGGUCCAACCACAGACCUCGACGGGAGCCACUGGUCUGUUCUAUAUUCAUCAAUGUUUCAGCCAACAUCUACUACUCCUAUUUAUACCUCCCUUCCUCUCAUAACAAAUACCACAUGCUUCUGGCCCGAGCAUUUGUUGGCUUCGGAGCAGGUAAUGUAGCUGUAGUGAGGUCUUAUGUCGCAGGAGCCACCUCCUUGAAGGAGAGAACCAGUGCAAUGGCCAACAUGAGUGCCUGCCAGGCUCUGGGAUUCAUACUUGGCCCAGCUCUUCAGGCAGCUCUGUCAUUCAUUGGUGAGAAAGGCUUUCCUGUGAAGAUCAUUCAGCUGAACUUUAACAUGUACACUGCUCCAGCACUUCUCGCAGCCUGCUUUGGUGUCAUCAACAUCUUGCUGGUUAUUAUAAUCCUGAGGGAACAUUGUGUGGAUGAUCAUGGGAAGCAGAUCAGAGCUAUUAACUAUGUGUCAGAAGAGCAAGUAGCUGUGGGCCCAGAGGUGGAGGGAAAUAUUGACCAAAUUGCUGUGCUUACAUCCAACAUCCUUUUCUUCAUCAUCCUCUUCAUUUUUGCUGUGUUUGAAACUAUAUCCACCCCUUUGUCUAUGGACAUGUUUGCAUGGACAAGGAAAGAAGCUGUUCUGUACAACGGGAUCAUAUUGGCUGCCAUUGGUUUUGAAUCCAUCAUAGUGUUCCUUGUAGUAAAAGUGAUUUCUGUGCGGAUUGGCGAUCGUCCAGUGCUCUGGGGUGGCUUAGCCAUAAUAUUUAUUGGCUUCUUUAUCUUGUUACCUUGGGGAAACCACUACCCAAAGAUUCAGUGGGCAGACCUUAAGAAUAACUCCAUACCAGUUAUAGCUCUGGCAGCUAGCCCGCUCCCAAAUGGCACUGUGGAGCCCAUUGGUUGCCCAUUUGAACAGAUCUGGUGCCAGUAUACCCCUGCCAUCCACCUGGCACAGUAUAUCACGUCUGACAUUCUCAUAGGAGUGGGCUACCCUGCUUGUAAUGUCAUGUCCUACACAUUGUACUCCAAGAUACUGGGACCCAAACCACAGGGUGUGUACAUGGGCUGGCUGACUGCUUCGGGCAGCGGUGCUCGGACGUUGGGGCCAGUGUUCGUCUCACAGAUCUACACUAUCUUAGGACCUCGCUGGGCCUUCAGUCUAAUUUGUAGCAUUGUGCUAGCAGCCAUCAUACUGCUGACUGCCAUGUACAAGAGACUUAUUGCUUUCUCUGUGCGUUACGGACGGAUGGAGGAAUGAUGACAGUGCAGAAGAUUAACACUGAUCUUUUUUGCCUCUACUUUACUGGGGAAGAUGCAUUAAGAACACAUUCUGAUUUAAGGCGGGCAACUUUGAGGAACUUGGGGGUUAAGUGCCUUGGUGCGUAGGGAUAGCAGGAACUGCUGGUCUCUACUGAACUCUCUCCAUUACCCAUACUGCCUUCUGGGAACUGGUUAGUGGAACCGCUAAGCUCUACAUUAAUUCAAAUCCUUUUAUAUCAAAACUACGGUAACAUCUUCAGGUUUGGAGGUAAUUGCCACUGUGGACUCAUGGAAAACUGGCAUAACUAAUCAAAUAUUUAUUGCUUGUAAAUCACUAAAUUUUGAUUGACCAUGAAAAGCUAAUGCUGGUAUAAGAGUGGAGGCUUACAAAGUGCACAGCUCUAUUUAAAG